ACGAUUGCUCAAACAAUUCUCAAAAUUACAACCUAACCGACAACGCGCACGUUAGCAUCGACCCCUACUAGGGCUUAUUUGUCUUCCCUGUGUCCACGUGGGUACAAGUCGCAGAGAUGGUGAAGCCAGCAAAGAGCCACGACCACGACGACGAGUUCGAUGAUGACGACGACGAAGACGACGUUGCCAGAAACAGCUCCUGUUCUCGGAUCGCGAGAGGGGAUGGGAAGAGCAGGGAUCAGAGGACAAUGGCGCAUCGGUCGAAGCACUCGGAGACCGAGCAGAGGAGGAGGAGCAAGAUUAACGAGAGAUUUCAGAUUUUGAGAGAUAUCUUACCGCGGAAUGAUCAAAAAAGAGAUAAGGCUUCAUUCUUGUUGGAGGUUAUAGAAUACAUUCACCAUUUACAGGAUAAGUUAAAUAUGUAUGAAGGACAAUACAGCGGGUGGAGUUCAGAACCAAAAAAAUUGAUACCUUGGAGAAAUAAUCGUGGGCCUGCAGAAAGUUUUGUGGAUCAUUCACAAGUUAUAAAGAAUGGUUUUGGCUUUGAGAAUAAUACCGUCCACCCAGCUUUACUUACAAAUGCACAGAACUCACCAGAAUCUGAAUUGGGUACAACUGCGGUUUACAAGGCACUUGAUAACCCCACUGGGUCAGCUACACCAGUUGCUCCUUCGAAUGUGCAAAUGAAGCUAAACAUGUUUGAUCCUGUUGUUAGGGGGGGUCUGCCUACCCAGCCCCUACAGGAAUCUGUUUCUGAUGCUGAAAAUAUGUCCUACCAGCCCCAAUCCCAGUGGUGGCAUGCUAGACCUUAUCCAACCGAGUCUGAUGUUCAAAAUAGUACACUGAAUGAACAGGAACUGGCUGUUGAUGGUGGAUCAGUUAGCAUCUCAAAUUCAUAUUCUGAAGAGAUUCUGAAUUCACUGACCCAAGCGCUGCAAUCUUCCGGAGUUGAUUUGUCACAAGCCUGCAUCUCAGUGCAGAUUAAUGCUGGUAAACCUACAAAUAGCAGACUGAAUGGUGUAGCAUCUAAUUCAAAGGAUGAUGAGACAGAGUCUUUGAACGAUCAAGUUACGGGGCAUGCUGUAGUUGGCAGCUGCCUUAAUGAGUCUGGAUUAGCUCAGAAGAGGCUAAGAACGGAAGAAAGCUAGUGAGCGGCACUUCUCUUUUUUGGUGGAUUUCUCGACAUGGGAGUCGGACAUGUAAUGUUGAAUCAUGUGAAUAUUUGAUCAGGUAUCCCAUCCUACUGGUGUGGAACGUUUGUCUUUGUGAAAUAUUUGGGGUGAUCCGUGUUAUGUAGAGUAAUGUAAAAAGAAUAUGUUUUAGGAUAGCAUGUAGUUGAGAAAACAAUCAAGAGAAAAUGAUGGGCAUCCGGAUUAUGUGGUGUAGAAUGUUUGUAGCAUAAAUAUAUGCAAUAUACAACCCAGACAAGGCUGGUGAUCAUCUGCAGAA